AUGUGUGCCUGUGUGGCGAUCAUCGGCAAGGAUAAUGCACCGUUGUACAUCGCGACCGCGAACGUGGAUAAGGAGAUAGCGUUGCAGUACCAGGUCCACGCUUCGCUGGACGUAAUCGAUGAACGGUGCGCCACUAACCAGAAGGCUGCGGCCGAUGGUCGAGAGCUAUACCUCGGUUCGCUUAUAUCGACCGAGCAGUACAAGAUCUACGGUUACGUUACGAACACAAAGAUCAAGUUUCUGAUCGUGAUCGACGCUAGCAGUACGUCUUCGUUCCGGGAGAACGAGGUGCGGGCAAUGUUUCGCAACCUACACAAUCUCUACACGGAUGCGGUUUGCAAUCCAUUCUACACGCCGGGCGAACCGCUAACUUCGGCUAGCUUCGACCGUGCAGUGCGUGGAAUAAUAAGCGCUAAUUAG